AUGUCACAGAUCAAUCAACUCGGUAUGGGCGAGCAUCCCCAGUUGGGCAUCGACCUGCAUGAGCCGCUCCAUGAUAUUAACGGGCGAUAUGGAGACACCAGCAUUGUGGAUCAGUUGAUCCAUAUUCAAGCGGCUAAUGUCCCACAACAGAAGUCCUUGGAAUUUCUCGAGAAGCUCAAGUGCCUCUAUUUCACCGAUCGGGAUGAUACCAACAGCUCAACACAACCGACAUUACAUCUGGACACAAUUAAUGCCUUUGUGCAGAGAAAGUACGUAGCCCUGUCGUAUACUUGGAAGUCGUCACCGGAAGAGGCCGGCCUUCCUGAUGGCGGGUACUUGGCUCAAAAUAUCCAGUCAGGCCAGGUGGAACCGUCACCCGUGAGAGACAAAGUCUUCAGCCGGAUCAGGCGGUACAUGGAUCAUGUCAACUGCAAGUAUCUCUGGAUCGAUCAGCACUGCAUUGUUCAGGAAGAGGGCGAAGACAAGGAGAUAGGUAUGCAGGCAAUGGACCGAGUCUAUAGCCUUAGCAAGCAUCCAUCUGCGUUGUUGUCGUUGGAGAUCAAUACCUCGGAGCACCUCCAACUACUCGAUAAAAUUCUUUCCGGGGCAUUUGUAACAAAACGAGGAACCAGUUACGUUUUGUCUUCCGCAGAAAGGACUUUGGAUGCACUUCAACUUCUUCAUUAUGUCACCUCGGAUACUUGGUUCUCUAGAGGAUGGACUUACCAAGAGAACUAUCGUGCCAAUAUGAAGAUGACACUCCUGAUUACGCAUCCCGCAGCACUCAACCAUGUUAAGGCGGCUCGCCACUUUGGAUCUUUGGACGGAGAGCUCUUGAUCAGUUCCGCAAGACUUUACGAACAGGCCACCAAGCUCUGCCUGGGCUAUUCAAACCAUCAACCGCCACCUCCGCAUCUACAUACUAUCCUCUCGAGAGCCAAGCGGUACACUAUUCUACUCGCCAACGAGGAGGAUUCAGCACCUGUGUCAAUGUCUCCCAGCAUCAUCGAAGACAUAGCGAGUCGCAAUCUCGACAGGGAGUGGGACAGGCUGGCUAUCAUCGCCAACUGCUGUCAGUACACCAACCGUCUGAACAGCGCGCAGCUACAGAGUGAUAAGCACAGCCUUAGCCUAUCCAUCCUCACACUUGUUUUGAUGAAUGGGGAGAUCUUGUCAAAUCAUGCUCAAGACAAACUCGACGCGAAAACAAUGACUAUCACCGAGUUCUUGCAUAAGCAUUUUUUCUACGGGCUGGAGUCUCCAUGGCAAAAGGCAAAACUCACCUUCAACAAAAGUUGCCGUUUCACGAAUGUUGUUUUGACUGAAGAGGGUGUACAGACUGAGGGCUAUAUAUGGCGGCUCGAUGACGAGAUCCCAACGACCAGCUUUUACAGAUAUAUCCAGCCUCACGGAAAGAAGAGGCACCGGCAGCCAACAAAGCGAUCACUUGAAUGGCUAGCAGAGGAACUGGCAUAUGAAUACCCGGUUUUAUCAGACAGGCUGGACGAAAUCCUCGACCUUGAAGUGCCCUCAUCAGCUGCAGAAGAAUGGCUGCUCAGUAUGGUCGAUAAGGUAGAAGAAGCCAUAGUGCAGGGAAAACUACUCUGCACUGCAACUUUGCUCGGCCCUGGUCCUCUAGGCGUUGCUGUCUUUGUCCAGCGGGAUGACUCCGACGACGAAAGCAGUGGGACUGGUUUUGAAAUGAGUCUUGAUCGCGAUGAAGAUCCUUACGUGUUCACGUCUUUUCAGCGUGCGCAGACUGAUCGUGGGGGUUUUGAUCUCAAUGACCUAGACAAACAUGUCUCGUUGGAGGUCGAUUACGGUCCUGGGAAUGGCGUCGGACUACUCCCUCGAUUGUAUACAAAACGCUGGAUUCACGGGUUGUGUUUCUACCAUGGCUGCACGCCGCAAAGGGUCGUGUUCCCUUGGCCAUCUUCAUUGGGGGACCUAUAA